UUUUUACUAUGAAAUGAAAAUAAAAAUAAAAGUGAAUAAAAGCAAAAGUAAAAAUAAUUUGUUCACGGCCGGGAACUGCCAUUCAAAACAAAAAAAGGCAAAAUUAAUUUGUUCACGGCCGGGAACUGCCAUUCAAAACAAAAAAAAGCAAAAUUAAUUUGUUCACGGCCGGGAACUGCCAUUCAAAUAAAAAAAAACUAAAAUAAAUAUGUUCAUGUCCGGGAACUGCCAUUCAAAAAGAAAGAAAUGAGACUUUUGGCGGGAGUGCGUCGCUCGCGUUUGUUUACAAUAGGGAGCUUACGAAUCGACGACUUUCGCACGACGCCGCCGCUCGGUCACGUCUUAGUUAUGCGUUGCCGUCGUGUAGAAAUUUGAAUUUACGAUUCGUAGUAAAGACGACGACGUUGGUGCGCGAGGCUGGCAAAUUUUCCCGCCGUUUCUGAAGUUUGUUUUCUUCUUUUCACAAGUAAGCUUGUUUGUUCAACCAAAAUGUCUAAACUCGUAAGAGAAACGAGAGCUCGUAUUGCAGACGCUCAUGGAAACAGAUUUAUAGAGGACCGAGUAUUUCACUGUAUUUGUACUUUUAUGCGUUUCGUCAACAAACUCAGAGUUAACUAUGGAUUUAGAAGAGACAACAAAGGACGAAUGCAAGGCUCGUUUAUAUAUACAGGGAUGGCAUUUAUAAACUUGCUGAACAGCUGUAGUUACUGUGAUGAGAUGACCACUUGCAAUGGUCUAGUCGUAGCUUUGGUACCAUCUUGCCAAUAUGGUUUCACUCGGUGUUAAUUUAUGUUUGUCUACAGCUAGCUUCGGGGCGUUACUUCAAUGAAAACAGACAAACAAAUCGAAAACAUAUGUAAAGAACAUGUACCUAAUGUUAUACUUGAAUUAUAAGGAAAAAUCCGCUGAAGUAUGUAGGGAAAACUUUGAAAAUUAGUCUCACGUCCUGCUUUUUCUAGGACGCCGGCGAAUCGCUGUCAACAACGGCGUCGAUUUUGGCGCGACGCCGGCAAGUGCCCAGAUAAGCAUGCGCAGUAAGCCUCUCACGCAGUCCAACGGCGUCGUCGUGCGAAAGUCGUCAAUUCGUAAGCUCCCUAAUCUCGUACCCAGACUCCCGGAUUCUUUGAUAAUUUGGCGCCCUUUCGCAGAAAUCAUUAGACUCAAUAUGGGGGAUCGAGCUUUGGCAAAGUUUCAAGCCCAAAUGAAGCAGAAACGAGUGCAGAAAAAGACAAAAGCCGAUACAGGAUUGGGUGCUGGAGUAAUACUUCAACGUGGAGAACUUACAGUACAGCGACUCAGUUCCGAAGUCUCUGGUAAGGCGCAAAAGUUUAGCAGGAUUGGAGCCAGGGAAUUUGUGCCAUUUGCUGACUACGAGGACAUAACAUUACCAAACAUCAAACUUGCUUGUGAGAAGCACUUCUUACCAACAGUUGGCAAAAGCGUCACGUGUGACGUUCUGGCGGGAGAGCAAGGGCCAUCCUGUUCAACGCUUGAACAAAUUCCUGACCUAAAACUGAUCCACAUUCGGUUCAUUCAGCGACACGAACAAGACCACGAAAGCAACAUAUUUAUCAAUCCUGAUGGACCGCCCAAGAGAAAAAGGAGACCAGCUUCGAGUGUUUCCAUUGCUUCCACCUCUGUCGAAAGCGACAGCACAUGGUCACCCAAGCAGAUCAAGGUUUUUCCGAAGAGCCUUUCAGUAUCGGAGAUGCUAACGCUUGGAAAGGUUGUUGCGAAAAAAGCCACCACUUUGAUCGAGGUGAGGUCCUUUGAAUUGGACCCACUCGGAUGGUCCUUAACUGCAGCUACUAUAGAGUUUAAUAUAGAGAAGGAUGCUUUUGCAAAGGGCGGAUUCAGAGAAGCAUAUAGGUAGGUGCGACUGAUUUAAAAAAAAACAUUGUGGCGAUGAUGGUAUUUGUUUGUUUAUGUACCGAGCCAUCACCCGCCUCGGGCAAGCUCUAUGUCUACGAUGAAUUUAGGGUAUUUGAGCUUUUAAUUAGAUUCUUACUUUCUUAAGGGGUAAAUGUGGUUUUUGCGCUGAUCACAAUGGGUGUGACCCCUUACAUAGUUAUGGAAACAAUACCCUACCCCCUACAUAUUGCACAGUCAAGUGGUAAUCACUUUUUUUAAUAUGAUGAUAAAAAAUAUUGUCAAAAAUUGUAAGAGAUUUUGUACAUUCACAUUUCAUGAAAAUACAGUUCCUUUUUAUUUUGUAUCUUCCAGCUUUUCCAAAUAAUGCUUGGGUGGUAAAUUUUCAUCGUGUCUACCUGCCUCUCCCACCCAGGGCUCUUUUCAUUGGAAAGCUUCCAAAAAUAUUUGUGGGGCUUUGAAAAUGUGAAAUUCAAAGGUGAAUUAGACCAGAUAAAAGAGUUUGGGUCAAAUUUUCUUACAGGGCAACAAGUCAUAAUGAAGCAUUUGCUGGCAAAACAUGGGUUGUGAAAAGAUACUUACCAGAAGCACUAAAAGCAAUACAAUACACAGGUCAGACAGCUGAAGUACAUACAAAGAAGGUUGUUCAAAUGCAUACGCUUGCAAAGAAUUUUGCCGAUCAGUUGGCUCAGAAAAUAAAGAAAGAUGAUCUUUUACAGUUUGGCCAAGCACUGCAGUAUGGAAAGGUUUACUUUGGGAAAGAUCUGGAUAAGGGCGACUAUGUCACUGUUGAGGAGUACAUUGAGGGGAACUUUGUAAAAUACAUAAACAACACUGGCAAGGUGUGUGACAAAAGUACAUUGUCAGAAAAAGCUCAGUGCCUUGCUCACUUUAGUUAUGAGAAAUCAAACCAUAAGUUAAUGGUCCUUGAUAUCCAGGGCACAGGCCACAAGCUGUAUGAUCCUGAAAUAGCCUCCUCAGAAUUGGUUGAAAAUGAUGAAUUCCUGUUUUCGACAGGUAACCUUUCUCAAACAGCUAUAAAUUGUUUUGUUAGCUGUCAUCAUUGCAAUAUUUACUGUAAAAGCUUACAGUUGCAAGAACUAAUUAAGCAGUAGGCAAUGUCAUAGAUUCAUUUUGCUGGUUUGACAGUUAAUGUUUGAAGUUUCGAUAAAACUGACUGUGGUUUAAACUUAAAGUUAAGGUUUCUGUCUGGCACAGACUACAGGGUAUAAUCAUGAAAUAGUGUACAUGUAUUUGGAAUUGGUUGAAAAUGAUAAAUUCCUGUUUUCCAUAGGUAGCUUUUCUCAGACAGCUAUUGGGAUUGUUGUUUGUUAGCUGUUACAAGUGUAACAUUUACUGUACUUUAAGGUUUGCAAGAAUUUAAAGUAAUAGACAGUGAUUCAGUUUACUGGUUUUAAAGUUACUGUUUGAAAUUUUGAUGAAACAGACUAAUGAAUGGUAUCAGCAUUUUGUAGUAUUUGUACUCAGUUUUACCUCACAGUUUCUUGCAGAAAAAGUUAACGGUAAAUAGUCUUAACAAUUUAAAGACUACAUUGUUGUACCCAAUGUUUGUUACAGUUAAUAAUGGCAAGGGAGGUAUGAAUGAGGUCAUUUAUAAGUUUCAAUUUUAACCAGAAAAGUUUUAGCAGCAUAGCCGAUAAUCCACCCCCAGCCUCCUGUCUUCAAAAAGGUCUUUUUCAUUAACUUUUACUUCUAACAAUUCCUAAUUCUCCCUCUAACAAAAAGUCACAAUACAGUUUGUAACCCCCCCACCCAGAAAAAAAAAAGAAUUCCUUGCCAUGCAGGAGUAGGGGCAAUAAAGGUCUUUGUGGCUUUCCUUUACUCCCCCUCCCAUUGGUAAUAACAUAAGUAGUAUUUUCGUUUAAUACAUGGUGUAUGGUGUCAUGAAAAAAAAAAUUAAUACAGCCCUAAGACAGGGUGUUUAGCUGCUGGUUACUUCUAAUUGCAUGCAAUAAAGAAUGUUUGUUGGACUGUCUCUGUCUCGUCAAGUAAUUUGACCUACUGCAAACUUAGCCCAUUCUCACUUCAAACCCUGUACUGUCCACAUGGAACCAUUCCCCUUGAACCACUUACAGAUGUCCUCAAUUUUAAAACCAACUUGAAUUCUGCCUUCUGUGCAUACCAGAACUUAAAGCACAACCAUUUGGCAUCAGACACCAAACCCACUAGCAUAGUGCUUAACUUGUAAAUGACAAUCUAGACAAAUUUGCCUAUUUUGGCCAGAUAGUAAACUGAAAACAGUUUAAAAAUAGCUUUUCAAGUUUGGGUAUGUACAGAAGGCAAAAUAUUGUUAUGUUUCUCCUAUUUGUUGCUUCUCUUGCCUUUCUGUCUAUUUUUGGGGGGCUGUGCUUUUACUAGGCUUCACUCCUGUUGGAAACGGUUUUACAGAAAGUAACCUGACAAUAUUUAUCAAGAAGUAUGGGAGGGUAGUGGGACAAGAUAAUCCAUUCCAAUUUUUGUUUCAUACCAUGUAUGUAACUAUGUAUGGGCUAUUCGACCAUAUUGCACACAAUGAGGCAUUAUGUCUUUCUCUCAAACACAAUUUUGUAAGCAUACAUUGGUGCAAGGAACAUGGUUUACUUUUUUGAAGAAAAUUUAUUGCAUACAAAACAUAUGCAGCGCCUUAUUUUGUAACUUUUCCUGUAUACUCAGAAUAGCACAGUUAAUACAACGGACGGAGAUCAGACCAUGC